CGCCCUUCCUCUCCCUCCCGGUCCGGUCCGGUCCCUCAAUAAAAGGAAAUCUGAGAAAUAGAAACCCUAAUUAUAGUAAAGCUUUAGAGUUUGGAGCUGAAUUCACAGACGGCGAAGAAAGGGGGAAAAUGGCGGAGCACUUGGCGUCCAUAUUCGGAACAGAGAAGGACAGGGUGAACUGCCCCUUCUACUUCAAGAUUGGCGCUUGCCGCCACGGCGACCGCUGCUCUCGCCUCCACACCAAGCCCAGCAUCAGCCCCACCCUCCUCCUCUCCAACAUGUACCAGCGCCCCGACAUGAUUACUCCCGGCGUUGACCCUCAAGGUCAGCCUCUCGAUCCCCGCAAGAUCCAACACCACUUCGAGGACUUCUAUGAGGAUUUGUUUGAGGAGCUUAGUAAAUACGGAGAGAUUGAGAAUCUUAACAUCUGUGAUAAUUUAGCAGACCACAUGGUGGGCAAUGUGUAUGUACAGUUCAGGGAGGAGGAACAUGCUGCUACUGCCCUUCAGAAUCUGUCAGGAAGGUUCUAUGCAGGGCGCCCUAUUAUUGUUGACUUCUCGCCAGUGACCGACUUUCGUGAAGCAACUUGUAGGCAGUAUGAGGAAAAUGUGUGUAACCGAGGUGGCUAUUGCAACUUCAUGCAUCUGAAAAAGAUUAGCAGAGAGCUGAGGCGGCAGUUAUUUGGGAAGAGCAGGCGAAGACGCAGCCAUAGUAGAAGCAGAAGUCCUCGUGGUCAUCAUGGUCAUGAUGAGCGGCCAUAUGGUGGCCGUGGAUAUCCUAGAAGAGGUGGCGAUCAUCGUCACCAUGAACGAGGGAGGAGACCACGAAGCAGAAGUCCUGGUAGAAGAAGUGGACAUAGCAGAAGUCCUGGUGGUAGGAGAAAUAGGAGUCCAGUCAGGGAAGGUAGUGCUGAGAGAAGGGCAAAGAUUGAACAAUGGAAUAGGGAAAGGGAACAACCUGACAAGAAUGAUAAUAGUGGUAUGGUAAGGGAAGGUAGUGCUGAGAGAAGGGCAAAGAUUGAGCAGUGGAAUAGGGAAAGAGAACAGACUGAUUCGGCUAAGAACAAUGAUGUUGGCACAUUUGAAAAUGGCAGUAGGAAUGGUGCUGAGCACCACCCAGAACAGUUUUAUGAUGAUUAUCAGCAGCAGCAAUAGCUGGAGAUAUUCCAGAAAACUACUGGUGAUGUACAGGCUCACUGUAUUGUGAUAUUGAAAAAGCAAAAUCUCUUUAGUCCUUUCCUCCUAUGUGUUAAAGAGCAUUAACUUUAUAUAAGAGGGAGAACAAAUAAGCCAACCUAUUGUAUCUUGAUUCAUUAUUUUCUUCUUUUUCUUCAACAAUUAACAUUCUAAUUUUGUUGCCUUAAUUUACUCAUCAGAGAAGUUAUUUUAAUUACAAUAUGCUGUAAAAUGUUUUUUUUUCCCACUUAAAUUCUUACUAUGCAUUCUCACUUUGUGUGUGUGUACCUGCAAUAGGCUUCAAAAUAAUUUUUUUUUUUAAACUAUAAAUAAAAAAAGUGGGUUUUAAGUAUUUCCAUGAAAGACCUUCAUACAGUUAUAGGAGCACUUUCCUCUUUCCUAAGGUCAAAUUACAGAGGAUUGUGUUCUUUAUCCUUUCCUUUGGAAUACUGUGACUAAUUGUGUUCUUAUUAAGAGUUUUGUAUUGUGAUCUUAUGCAUUUGUGAAGAUUUACAGGUCCAGAGGUACCUGCUCAAUGAUCCUGCCUCAUGUUUCACCAGCUCACUGUUACAUUUCUAUACAGGUUGGCUGUCUUCUUUGCAGAACAGGUCCACAGGAUUUAAAUGUGUGAUGUAAGGAGAAGUGAAGGAACUGUCUACUUUCAAACAUGUCAAGUGCUAAUGUCUGCUUUCUAGAGAGCUAAAGGUUGCAACCCAGAAUUCAAUUCGAUCCUAUUUGUGUUGACCUUGCUUAUGUUGUAUUGUCUUUUUGAAUUUUGUUGUUUCAUAAUGUUCUUGGAUUGAUGCAUAAAAGAUUGUUAUGUUUUCAUAGUAUCCCUUUAUGCUUUGUUGGAUUGAAACUGUAUUAUUAAGUAAUACUGGCUGUGGCUUUGCAAGUGUUUUAAUGUUUUAAAGUGAAAUUCUUAGCAAAA